UUUUCGCUGUCGGAAAACUUUGUAUUAGAAAACUUACUUCUAAAAGACUUAUGAUAUCGCUUACUCUCAAAACAGCGGCCAACACUCUGGUACAAAAUAAUUUGGUGGACGUUGGUAACAUGAAAGGCGGUGAAGUCGCUCCUCGUUUUGAUAAGGUCCUAGAAGAAUUCUACUCAAUAUGUGAUCAAAUGGAACUCCAUCUGAAAACGGCAGCGGAGUGCCUGAACCAAGGAAACAGCAGCAACCGCUACCUGCCACUGAACGUGGUGACCACGCGACUGGAGCCGCUGCCCGGCCAGGACCCCAGCCAGCUCACCUAUCCGCAGUACCUGGCCACUGUCAGGGCACAGGUCAUCUACGCCAAGGAGAUCCAUGACAUGCUGCUGGCUGCCGCACACAACAUUCAGAACCCUUCCACGGCCGAGUGAAGCUGCUUUCCACCAACUCAAUCUAUAAUCUACUUAGAUAAAUACUGUGAAAACAAUUUCAUCAAAUAUACAUGGACUACAAUAUUGAAACACAAUAAGUAAUCAAGUAUCCUUUCAUUUUAUCAUACAACUUGAGAGAGGUCCACGUUAUAAUGGCAAUGAGCAAGAUAGAAUAUCAGUGUAGCCGAUUCUCUGCCUUCUAUGGUGGACUAGCCGGCAGGCUCGCUUCGCUCGUCUUAUCCAUCAAAACAAUGUCUUUACCCU